UUUUGAAGAAGCUGAUACAAAAAGAGGGGCAGAGUCUGUUCGAUUGAGGCUCUCGAGAAGAGAAGCAAAGAGACGAGAAAGAGGGUAAGGGAAUUACCCAAGUUCACGUUUCUUCUGGGACUCUCAUUUUUUUCUCUGUUUCUUAUUCCCAAAAUUCCAGUCCUUUAUUCAAACGAACUCACAAUUGAACUCUCAAUCAACUUAAUCCAACUUCAUCCAGCAGAUUAAUUCAUUCUCUCAAAUUUCUUCUUCCCUUACACGCAACCCCUUUGAACCCCUUCAAUUUCCCCUCCGUUUCUAUCGAUUACCCUCAAUUCUUCGACUCCCACCUCCUCUUUUUGCGAUUUUAUUCUCUGCCGAUCAUCUAAACUAAUAAUCUCGACUUGGGUUUGUCUUAUCUUCAUCUACUUCACCCCCUUCAUUCAUGUUUUUUUGAAGGGAAUGGACUUGCUGUAUCUGCCCACUGUCCAUCUUUGUGAAUGAUGCUCAGUGGAACAGGGGGUGCAGAUAAUGUUGGAAUUUUUAGAUGGAAAUCCCGUGGUGAAUCAUCUUUAACAUCUGCUUUGCUUAAGGAUGUGCCACCAGAGAUUGAACUAUCUACCUUUGGAAGAGUGCCAAAUCCGGGUAGUGAGAGCCCUACGGGGCUUCUUGAUGGGGAGCGUUUGAACGUGGAACCAAUAGCUGACUUAGAUCUAUUCUUUGAAAGGCUUUAUAGCUAUUAUUGUGACAAAGGGCUUUGGUGCAUCAUUACAAAGUGGAUAGUAGAGCUUCUGAGUCUUGGCUUUACCAUAUGUUUCUCAGCAUUUUUCUUACUAUUUGUUGAUUGGAAUGGUCUUCGUAAUGCCAAGUGUGGGAUGGACGCAGUGGAGUCUGGGACUAAACCAUGUGAUCUUGCCAAGGAAGCUCUUCAUGAGCACCCCUUACACCAUAUGACACUUUCAAAAGCUAUCAUCCUUGGAUAUUUAGGCAUAUUUUCUGUUUAUUGGAUCUUUUGCUUUUUUAGGUUUUUUGCACAGCUGAAGGACAUUUUAGGAAUCCGUCACUUUUAUUACAACAGUCUUCACAUAUCUGACAAUGAAAUCAAAACUAUGCCAUGGGCAACAAUUCUUGAGAAGGUUGUUGAGCUGCAGAGUACUUGUCAACUCUGUGUGGCUAAGGAUCUUUCUGCUCAUGAUGUGGUCAUGCGUUUGAUGCGGAAAGAGAACUACCUGAUUGGGAUGCUUAACAAAGGAGUACUUGCUUUUCCAAUCUCAAAGUGGGUACCGGGUGCGGGGCCAGCUGUGACUUUUGACUCUUCUAGAAAUCAUUAUCGAUUAACAUUGACAAAAAGUCUUGAAUGGACCUUGAAUUGGUGCAUAUUACAGAGCAUGUUUGAUCGUAAUUACUGUGUCAGAAGGGAGUUCAUAUCCAACCCUAGAACAUUAAAGAAAAGGCUUACGGUAGUUGGAGUGGUGAUGCUCCUGCUUUCUCCAUUUCUUGUCAUAUUCAUGUUGGUAUACCUCUUUCUGAGGCACGCUGAACAGUUCUAUAACCACCCAAGUACAGCAUCAUCUCGAAGGUGGUCAAAUUUGUCAAAGUGGAUAUUUAGGGAAUUUAAUGAGGUUGAGCAUUUGUUCAAGCACCGGAUCAAUAGCAGUGUGCUUCAUGCUUCAGAGUAUCUAAAGCAAUUUCCUUCUCCCAUCAUUUCGAUAAUUGCAAAGUUCAUCUCAUUUGUCUUUGGUGGCUUUGCUGCUAUUCUGAUUAUCAUUGCUUUUCUGGACGAAUCUUUACUGGAGGGCCAUAUUUUUGGCCGCAACCUUCUCUGGUAUGCUGCUGUUUUUGGAACUAUAACUGCUAUUAGUCGGGCUGCAGUUACAGAUGAGAUUUUGGUUCUAGAUCCUGAGGGUGCAAUGUCUAUGGUUGUCCAGCAUACUCAUUAUAUGCCAAAAAGAUGGCGUGGCAAAGAAAAUUCUGAGCUUGUUCGACUAGAAUUUGAAACCCUUUUCCAGUAUACAGGAAUGAUGUUACUUGAGGAGAUGGUCUCCAUUUUUCUCACCCCAUUCUUGCUUGUGUUCGUUGUUCCAGAGAGGGUGGAUGACAUUUUGCAGUUCAUUGCAGACUUCACAGUGCAUAUUGAAGGUGUUGGUCAUGUUUGCAGUUUCAGUGCCUUUGACUUCCAAAAACAUGGAAAUAGCAGUUAUGGGUCACCGCAUAAUGCCCCUAGUGCAGAGAGAAGCUCCCAGGGAAAAAUGGAGAAAUCAUUCUUGAGUUUCUGUAGUAACUAUCCUGCAUGGGAACCAAAUGCUCAGGGAAAGCAGUUCGUGUCAAAUCUACGGACUUUUAGGGAGAGAAUGUUGCAGCGACGGGGACAUGUAUAUCAGUCGCAUGAAAUGUCUCAAGGAAGUCGCAAUUUGCUCGGUCACCGGGACAGGAACGGCAUUUUUCCAGGGGAACUACCCCACCAAAAUUCAGCAGCUGCUAAUUGGAUGGAUUUUCUAUGGUUGGAUGAACACCAGAGAAACUUUCCAUACCUACUCGAUCAUUAUUAUACAAGCGCACCACGACAUAUAGCCAAUUACUCGGGAGACAUCCCUGAAGAAUCAUCUGAAUUAAUGGAGCUGAACUCCAACGUUUAUUGGAUGCCACCCUAUGUCGCUCAAAGAAAAGGAAGAUAUGAUGACUUUUGGAAGGAAGAUGAUCUCGAGGAUCGAUCACAAACUCAUCUCGGGGCUUCCACAUCCGCUACUCAUCUUGGGGCUUCCACAUCAUCUCCUAUCAAUCGUGAAGGCAUAUUUCGGCAUCAAGAACCUAACAGUACGAAUCUUAGUGGUACUAAAACUCGGUGGUGGGAUCGAAAUAUUGCAUCUUGCGAACAACCCCAAACAAGUUUCAUGGAUCCUCCUAAUUUCAACAGGUACACUACUACUAUGAAGAGUCUCUACGAUAAUGUCUCAGAACGAAGCGCAGAGGAGCAACAACAUAUGGAAUGGAGUGAUUUCGGAAAGUUGUCCCGAGCCACAUACUUAGAAGACAUAGAGACUGGAGAGUUGGAUCUUCAUUUUGGAGAUGUGUACAGCAGAACUCCAGAAACUCCAAAACCUGAACCUUCAAGCUUUGAGUAAUUGCUUAUACUUUAUGUGGGAUCUGUUCCUUUACAAGCAGGGAUAGAUGUUGAUUUUCGGGGUUCUUUUAUGUCUCUUUCAACUUUAUAGCAAGAUCCUUAAAUUCUUUUUCUGUAUAUAAAUUCAUCAAACAAAAAUAUUCUUCUUAGGCUUCUGUUUGGUUUGAAGCCUCUUGGAACCAUGGGAAGGUGUAAGUAAUGACACAUUUAAGUUAUUAAUGACACCCAAUUCAUUCUUCCAUCA